AUGGAGUCCCAUUCAAGCCCUCCAUAUGCCAGCCUACAACGGAUCUGUGUGCAAAUCCCUGUGCAGGAACAUGACAUAGAAACAAUCCAUGGUAUAGUCCAUGUCACCAUAAGGGGCUCACUGAAGGGAAAUAAACCAGUAAUCCUGACGUACCAUGACAUCGGGCUUAACCAUAAAUCCUGUUUCAAUACCUUCUUCAACUUCGAGGAUAUGCAGGAGAUCACCCAGCACUUUGCUGUCUGCCAUGUGGACGCCCCAGGCCAGCAGGAAGGGGCACCCUCCUUCCCAACAGGGUAUCAGUACCCCACCAUGGAUGAGCUAGCCAAAAUGCUGCCUUGCAUUCUUAUACACUUAAGUGUGAAGAGCAUCGUUGGUAUUGGAGUUGGAGCAGGAGCCUACAUCCUCAGCCGAUUUGCACUCAAUCAUCCAGAGCUGGUAGAAGGUCUUGUGCUCAUUAACGUUGACCCGUGUGCUAAAGGCUGGAUUGAUUGGGCAGCUUCCAAACUCUCAGGCUUGACGACCAACAUUGUGGACAUAAUUUUGGCUCAUCACUUUGGACAGGUAAGCACUUGUGCAACCUGA